UAUCUGCUAUAAAUAGACUAACCAUUUCAGUUAUUUUCUAAAGAUUAUUAUUCAAUCUUAUCGAUGGAUGAAAGGUUGAGUGGUGCAGCUCUAUCAGGAAAUAUAGAUGCCUUGUAUGAUUUAAUCAAAGAUGAUGCGGAUGUUUUACGACGCAUCGAUGAGAUGGAGUUCGUUGAUACUCCACUGCACAUAGCUGCAGCUGCAGGGCACACCGAGUUUGCAAUGGAGUUGAUGAACUUAAAGCCAUCAUUCGCUAGGAAGCUCAACCAAUGCGGCUUUAGCCCCAUUUACCUAGCCUUGCAAGAGAAACAAGAAAAGAUGGUGGAUGAUCUCCUAUCAAUUGAUAAAGAUCUCGUUCGCGUCAAAGGGAGGGAGGGUUACACUCCUCUUCAUCAUGCAGUCAGAGAAGGAAAUGUUCCGCUUCUGUCUAAAUUUCUGGAGAAUUGCCCCAAUUCUAUCUUUGAUUUGACUAUUCGAAAAGAGACUGCUCUGCAUAUUGCAGCACAAAAUAAUAAUUUAGAAGCUUUCGAAGCCAUACUGUUUUGGAUUCACAAGACCCACGAAUACGACUACAUGGAGAAAAGAAGAAUCCUAAACUUACAGGACAAGGAUGGAAACACUGUGCUGCACAUGGCCGCAUCAAAUAACCAAACCCAGAUGAUGAAACUGUUAAUGGAAAGCAGGAUGGUUAAGGGGGAUAAGGUUAAUCAAAGUGGUUUUACAGCUUUGCGUGUCUUACAAGAACAAGCUCGAGUUGACAGCGCAGAGAGUGUGAACAUUCUGAAACCGCCUAAAGAGUACCGGAUGGAUUUUGGCCAAGUGUCAUAUGAUAUUUCGAAGAUGAAUCUUGAUACAAUCAAUGCGUUGCUAGUCGUAUUUGCUCUGAUUGUAACGAUGACUUACCAAGCUCUUCUCAGCCCGCCGGGUGGAAUUGAAGCUGCGGGGAAGUCAGUCAUCAAGCCUAACGUGUUUAUUUUGUUCUAUACUUUAAAUAUCGCAGCUUUUGGAAUUGCGUGGUUUUCAGCAGUGUUCAUCAUCAAGACAGUUGCCAACAAAAUCGCAGGUUAUGUGGUUAUACUGUUCUCAUUGAUCUGCUUGUGCUACAUUGUUGCACAUUUUAUCAUAGCGCCAACGCUACAUGUCGGUGGGGUUGCUUUUGCUGCUGCUUUCAUAAUUGGCAGCAUCCUUGCUAUAAUGGUUCAUGUAUCCAUCGCAUAA